GUUCCAGCUUUCCUCCAGAAACUUUACGAAAUGGUUAAUGAGCCAAAAAACGCGGAAUUAAUAUGUUGGUCAGUGGCAGGAGAUACGUUCUUUGUUUUGGACCACGAACGUUUCGCCCAUGAAGUUUUGGGUCGGUGGUUCAAGCAUCGCAACUUCAGCUCCUUCGUGCGCCAGCUGAACAUGUACGGCUUCCACAAAAUCCCCCACCUUCAGCAAGGUGUCCUCAAGAGCGACGACGACAAAGAGCACUGGAACUUUGUACACCCCAAUUUCCGUCGCGACCAACCUGACCUCCUUUGCCUCAUCCAACGCAAGAAGCAAAUGCCACAACCCGGAGAUGAGGGAGUCCUUGACAUCCAUUCCAUCGUGAAUGGUAUUGCGGCUAUCAAGCGCCACCAAACGACGAUUUCCGCAGAGUUGAAUGAGCUCAAACGUUCAAAUCAGCUCCUCUGGCAAGAUGCAAUGGCUGCGAGAUCAAAACACCAGAAACAACAUGACACCAUCAACCGCAUUGUCAAGUUCCUUGCGGGCAUCUUUGGAAAUCAU